UUCUCAUCGAAAAGCAGAAUAUGUCCAUGUAAUUUUUUCAUUUUGAGAUUAAUCUAUGAUACAAUUCGAUCUAUGAGUAAUAUAUUUGCAAUAAUCUUACAAUAUGAAAGGGAAAAAAAAGAAAAAAAAAGGAUGGUGAACAGAUCCCUUAAGAGUUAAGAACCCUCUCUUGGAUCUCUUCAGGCCUGAGACCUCCUGCUGCCCAUCUUGACUGACCAUCCGACCAUACCACCACUUCAUUGCGAUGCUGGUCUGGUUACCCCCUUGGAUCCACCCCAAUUCCCAUGCCAUCAAAAGACUAAUAAAUGAACCCAACUUGGCCUUUAACUACCCUCUCCUUCUAUACUAAAUUACUAAUCCAACCAAUACUUGAAACUAAAAAAAAAACAAACGAACCACCCCUUUGCAACCCAGUCACGUCCCAACACGUGUGAGUCGAAUCCAAUGACACACGGCCUCGUCCUUUCCGUCCCGUUCUUCUUCUACUCUUCCAUUACUUUUACGGCCACCAUUUGUUUUAUUUAUCGGUCCGUUGACUCGGGAGCUAAAAUAGUUCAAGUGGACUCCCAUAUUUCCACAAUGGAAGGCUCCUUCCUCCCCCCUCCCCUUUUUCUUUCUAUGCUAUGUAAUUCGAUAACCUUAGCUUCCUCUCCUCUUCCUCCAUAAUCUCCUCGCCUCUUCCUCCGCCCCCCAAACUCCCCCCCACCUUCCAUGGAUCCCUCCGACGUGCCGAGGCCCUCGCCGCGCCGCGAGCUCCAAGGCCCACGGCCGACUCCCCUCAAAGUCCGCAAAGAUUCCUACAAGAUCAAGAAGCCACCGCCGGCCUCCUCCCAGCCGGGGGCGGCGGCGCCGCCGCCACCCCAGCCGCCGCCGCCCCACAACCGCCCUCCGGUCAUCAUAUACACCGUCUCCCCCAAGAUCAUCCACACCAAGCCCAGCGACUUCAUGACCCUGGUCCAACGCCUUACCGGGCCGGACUCCUCGGCCGGCCCGUCCACCGACGCCUCCCUCCCGUCGCCGUCGUCCUACGGUGGCGGCGCGCUCUCCCCCGCAGCCCGCCUUGCCGCCUUCGAGAAGUCUGCCCCCUCGUCGGACGGCGACCGAGCCCGGAGCUCGGGCCUCGACGUCGAGGAGCCCUUCGGCAUGGACGGCGGUGGGCCGGUCGUGGACCGGGCCGGUUCCUUCCCGGGCAUACUGUCGCCGAUGCCGGCGUCCCUCCCGCCGAUAUCGCCCAACUUCUUCUCGCCGAUUACGUCGUUCGACACGACCUCUCUGAGCUUCUUGCAAGAACUGAGCCCAGUUUUUGCAGGCAACAAGAGCUUCAUGGAUGCUGGUGCGAGCACCAUCUUGCCCAGUCCGAACUACUUCUUAUCAACUCCUACCGUCCCUUCUCCAGGUUCCUGCUGGGAUCUCCUCAGCCAGUUGCCAGAUUUCUAGUUCAACAGGAGAGGAAGACUGUGAUUGGAAUCAAAGCAGGAAGGUGGAUGGAAAGACGAGGUGGUGGUGCAGCCGAGAAGACACAUUAAUGGGAGUUUAGUGUGGUGGGGGCCGCGUGAUUGCUGCUCCUCCACCAGCGGCCGGCCAAUCUUGGCUUCUAAUUUUCUUAUCUUUUACUACCCGGAUAGGUCUAGACUUGUGAGUGCAUCUGAUUUGAUUGCCUGACCACCACUGGAGGAGACUUGGAUGGUGAUCGGUCCAUGGACCAUCCAUGGGCCAGUCCAAGUGAAAUACAGGCUUGUUCUCCUUGUAUCUAUUUUAUUUAUUCUUUUUUCUUGACACUCUGCAAAUAUAGCAAGAAGAUAUGUUAUGCCAUCCCAUAGAUACUAUCUAAGAUUUGAUGGCCAUUUUGUGUACGAAUAACUUAUUAGCAUUUGUGACAUGAGAAAUGCUUGAGAAACGGUUGCCCUUUUGUGGGAUUGGAAGGCCAA